AUAAAUAAACGUAAUACAGAUAAUACGUAUACACUCGAACACAAGGGAUUGAAACAAGAAGAAAGAACAAAAGGAAAAAGAAAAGUGGAACACCAAGUGAAGGAAAAUCUCUGGAGGAUCAGAGGCACGAGCCGGGCGUUAUUCUUCGAGGGAAAAAAUCCAUUCAUGUGUUAACGUUACAGCGAGAUAUGCGGCUGUUUUAUUCGGUUGCCGUCGUCGCCUGGGUCUCCAGCUGUCUGGCCACACCACCACCAGGGUACGUCAAAAAGCCGGAUACCGACAAGGAUCCCCCAGCUUACGAGUACAGGUACGAAAUCGGAGACGUCGAUGGCAAGGGACACGGUAAGUCGGAAACUAGAGGCGGAGAAUUUGCGAGCGGAAGCUACUUCGUCAAGACCGACCAGGCCAGCACCGACGUCAAAUACUUCGUUGACGACUGGGGAUACCAUCCAGUGGUCCAGUACGGGUCAGCCGACAAGCACAGUUCGACCACCGCCAGCCUAGCACUCGGCGAACAUGCGGUCAAGGCGCUCAGGAACGGCGGUGAAGUCGGUCGAAAGGUCGAGCUUCCAAGUCAGAAGCCGAAACGAAAGCAGGUGCAGAUCAUCCAGCCGUACUUGAUCGAGGUUGGCGAUCCAUCGGGCGUGAAUCCUGGAGAUGGGAAUCUCCCCCAGGACCCGGGGGAGGAAUCGAGGGUGUCCUCGACGGCUUCGAUCGGCUCUUUAGGACACUCGACACCCACGGAUGAAACCGCUUACGCGGCUUCGAGCACACCGGCAUCCUUGACGCCGAGGCCACUGCCGUACGCACCGCUUCAGGAGGUCAGAGACAUCUACGCUAACAACGACUACCAGAACGCAGCGCUGAUUGACGAGCAAUUGUUUCUCCAAAGCGCGGCCGGAAACUUUGGACAAAAGGUACACGCCUCCUCCGCUUCUUCGGGGGGAUCCGGUGUGGUGACGAUUGAAUCGCACUCGACGACCUCACGACCAGUGUCCGCGUCGCCGGCUUACUCUCUGACGAAACAAAACGGUGACGUGACCUACACCAUUCACUCCGGGUCAGACGCAAACACGGCGUACCUGUCAGCCGCGGGGAAACUGAACAAGAAGAACCAGAGCUUCAGGAACCGGUAUCAAAACCGGCAGAAGAUCGCCGUUUCCUCGACCACCGAAGCUCCCAAUUACUCCGAGGACGAUCAGAGUCUCGUUUUCAUCUCGUCAACACCCACCACUCCCAUCGCUGUCACCCCAGAAUUCACCAGCAAUGACCUGAGCCUCGAGACCAGGGUGAAGUACGACUAUCCCCGGCCGGAGCAGACGUUCACUGAAUUUGGAACUGCCAAUCCCGGCCUGGUGAACAUUGCUGUGGCCACAAACAGUGACGGGGUACUUGGAAACGAGGAAAAUCAUGAAACUGUUGAAUUCACGCAGGAGAAGACUGAGAACGAGGUGCAGAGGGGGGAUCAACCGCCUCCACAUGACGAUUCGACCAGCUUUGUGUCCACCGUGUUCUUCAGGAAGCCUAUCGUCGUCGCCGAUGUUACGCCGGGACAUGACCUGAGCUAUACCACACCCUGCAAGUGCAACGAUCAACCCUUCCUCCACACGACGCCAACUCCUACGUUAUCCACAACGGUUCACCCGGUAAUAUCGACGACUGCGGUACCCGACACUCCGAAGUACUCGACUCAGAGCCACAUCACGACAUCAGCUGCCAUUUUGAACCCCAUACAGGCUGGCGUCACCCUGGUUCAUGCAGGGGAAACGCAUCUUAUAACGGACCAGGUGUCACAAACGUCAGAAAGUGCUGUGAAGAUCUCUGAAUCGACGCAGGCUAAGACAGAGAGUACUUACGAAGAGGCCUCUUUUAGCUCGGAGAAAUCACAAGACCGGGAGACGCUGAACCUGGAAGAAAGGAUCCAGCAGUUGCAAAAGGAACACCAGGAACACCAACUGCGCGAAGAAAAUAGGAUACACCAGGAACGGCAGAGUCAAGUGCAGCAGCUACAGGAGCAAAUACGGCUUCAACAGAUUCAGCAAAUCCAGCAGGAACUGCAGCUGGAACAAAAUCACUUCCAGAUUCAACAGGUUCAACUGGAACAGCAGCAGCAGUUUGAAGAUUUCCAGAAACAUGAAUUGCAGCAGGAGGCACAAAGAGCUCUAGAAAAUCAGCAACAGCAGAGUCAGUAUGAGAUUCAGCAGGUUCAACUGGAGCAGCAGCAGCUUGAGGGUUUACAGAAACAGGAAUUGCAGCAGGAGGCACAAAGGGUUCUAGAAAAUCAGCAGCAGCAGAGUCACUAUGAGAUUCAGCAGGUUCAACUGGAACAGCAGCAACAACUUGAAGGCUUACAGAAACACGAAUUGCAGCAGGAAGCACAAAGGGUUCUAGAAAAUCAGCAGCAGCAGAGUCAGUAUGAGAUUCAGCAGGUCCAAUUGGAACAGCAGCAGCAACUUGAAGGUUUACAGAAACACAAAUUGCAGCAGGAUGCACAAAGGGUUCUAGAAAAUCAGCAACAGCAGAGCCAGUAUGAGAUACAUCAGAUCCAGCCAGGUGAUCAGGUGCAGAUAGAGGGCGGUCUGAAUCACGAAUCGCAACUGGAGGUGCAACGUGAACUUCACAAAGAACAGCAACAGAAUCAGUACCAUACUCAAAAAGUACAGCUAGAGCAAAACUUCCACAACGAAGAACCACAAGAGCACAAUUUACAACAGGUUCAGUACCAUGGUCAGCAGUUUCAGGUGGACCAGCAACGCCAAUUCGAGGAUGCGCGGAAGUAUCAGUUACAGUUGGAAGCAGAGCGAAAGUUGAGAAAUCAGCAGCAAGAAAAUAGUUAUAUUUAUCGACAUCUUGAAGGGGGUGCACAUCAGCAGGAGGAAGUAGAACUGCAACAAGUUGAGGCAUCGCAGCAGAGUGAGCAGCUCCCGGGGCAGCACCUUGUUGCAGAUAUUCUGAAGAUUCAGGAGCCGGUGAUUGAGAAUCAGCUGCAUCAAGUGCACCAGCAGCAGAGUAAAGUUAACGUUCAACAAGUUCAGCAAUCACAGCAAUUCGAGGCCCAAAAGCAGAGCCGGGUAAUAGAAAAUCAACAAGUGCAACAACUUCAGCAAUUACACCAACAGCAGGAGCUGCAACAACAGCUGAAAGCGUAUCAGCAGCCAUUAAGCAGUUUCGUAGCCACCCAAGAACCGGGCGAGGAUCCAGGAAUUGAGAUUCAGAAGUCGAUCGAGAUAUAUCACAACGAACCCGUGCAAGAAAUACAUUAUCAAGCCCAAGUAGCUCCUCAAGUAGAAUCUUCCUCGAUCGAUCAGCAGCCACGGGUACAGCAGCAAUACAUCGAACUCCAGAACAUCGAGAAUACUCAACAAGCUUAUCGAGGGCAGAGCCAAUCCGAAGGUCAAGUUUCCUUCGAGAAUAAUCAGGCAUCUCAGCAAGGCUACCAGAUCGGACUUAAAGAUCAUUUUCCUUUGGGAGUUGAAAACCAGGCGCAACAAAUUUUGAUAACCGAGAAUCAGGCCAAACUGAAUCCAGUUUUCGAAUUGACUUCGAAUGCUCUGUCCCAACAAACUGCGACCAAUCACGGUGCUCUUCUGCACGCUUUCACAACUAACCACGAAUCUGGCGGUCAACAUGGUUACCUUCUUCCAGAGAACGCUGUUCGGACUCAAGAACUUCAUCAGUCGGUGGCAACUUUCGGAAAAGUAGGCGGUGCAACGCAUCAAAAGGACCAGUCCAACUCCCACGCUCAUUCUCACUCGUACGAGAGUAAUCGCGAACAGCAACAAGUGGCCAGUGUUAUUCCGUAUACUCUUGAACCGUCCAGAGAGUUGAUCAUUCCUGGACUUCGGACAGCUACGAUAGAGGUGGUAGGGAAUCCGGCGUUUGAAAAGCACGCUUUGUUGUCUGCUCAGGGGGCGGUGCAGAGUUCGGAAAAUUACGCGGCUCACUCGCACGGCGUGAGUUCGGUGGAACGGAUAGUCGAGAAGCAUAUUCCGGUGCCACAACCGUAUCCAGUGGAGACGAUAGUCGAAAAGAAGGUACCGUUCCCGGUGGAGGUGGAAAAGGUUGUCGAGAAGACGGUACCAUACCCUGUCGAUAGAGUAGUGGAAAAACACAUACCAAUCCUGCAUCCUUAUCCCGUUCACAUCCAGGUACCGCAACCGUACCCCGUAGAGAAGAUAAUCACGAAGCCCUACCCGGUGGAAACCAUCGUCGAAAAACCGAUCCGAGUUCAUGUACCGGUGACAACGAUAAUCGAGAAGAAGGUCCCGGUGCCACAGCCGUACCCUGUUGAGGUCGAGAAGGUGGUCGAGAAGAAGGUGCCCUACCCAGUGGAAAAGGUCGUUGAAAGGAUAGUCGAGAAGCCGGUCCAUAUCCGCGUUCCCUACGCAGUCGAGGUGCCGAGGAAUGUACCUUACGGCGUUCGGUACGGAGUAAGCUACCAGCAGAUCAUGACGCCGCACUCACACAGUCUCUACGUCAGUCACGGAAAACCCCGAACGCCAUUCUACGGCCUUCCGGCGAUAACUCGUCAGCGCGAAUUUCGCCACAAGGAGAACCUGCACGCUGAUUACAACCAGCAACUGGUCCAGGGAUACAGUUACGCAAAACCGGCCGUCAGUUUCGUCGAGGGUGGAAAUGGGCAGGACAUGCUGGCCUCCGGGAGUCAGCAACAAACCCAUCAGUACAAGCACUUACAGCUUUCGCAGAGCUUCAACAGGAAGCACAACUCCAAGGGAAUCCCGACUCAUUAUUCUUCGAGGAGACACGCCGUUAGAUCCGGUUCGAAGGACACAUCGAGAAAGGAGGAGUACAUUGGCCCGGUUCCGCCUCAGCGGCCCCAGAUCCUCACCAGGCAUCACCAGCACUCACUUCAAGGCCAGCAUCCCGCCCAGCCCAGAUCACCGCAGGCAUCGACCGCUGCGACCCGGUCACCGACCUCGACCACGACCUUGAGAAGGUCACGGGAACAGGAAAAUAAACGCAACGAGAACACUGGAAGCUUCAGACAGUCCAGGGUGGAGUAUGGCUUCAAACCGCCAAUGAUACCCUCGGUUCAGUAUGACGAAAAGACUGCAUCCAAGGUCGAGAGUUGAUUCGGUAUACCUUGAUACUGGAGAAAAACGCACAAACAUACAUUACAAAGAAAAAGCCAUUAACUUAUUGUCCCACACUCACACACUAGACCUUAACUUAUCGUUAGUAUCACUGUUUCGUAUGUCAUAGGUCAUUGACUAGACAUAAGGUAAUUAAUAUUUAAACUGGGUUAUGCUCUGCUCACCGAACGAUUGUAAUAUGUAAUCAUUAUUUUAUAUAUUUAUCUAAGGCUAAAUUUUUGUACGAUUUUUAUACACGUUAUAACUGUGUUUGAAAAAAGAAACGAAAAAAG